CCCCCAGUUUAGAGCCCCAUGUCUCUCUGUUUCCUCUACAGCAUGCUGGCAGACAAACUGAACAUGUCUCCCGAGGAAGCUGAGAGAUGGAUUGUAAACCUUAUCCGCAACGCCAGGCUGGAUGCAAAGAUAGACUCCAAACUGGGCCAUGUGGUCAUGGGGAACAACGCCAUAUCGCCUUACCAGCAGGUGAUUGAGAAGACCAAGAGCCUCUCAUUCCGCAGCCAAAUGUUGGCCAUGAACAUUGAGAAAAAGCAGGCUCAGAGCAACAAGACCGAGACACCAAACUGGGCAGGUCAGGAAACGGGAUUCUAGUGACACAAUGAAGAUGGAUCCAUCCUACUCACUUUGUUACAUCUUUUUUCCACACUUGCCUCUCAUGGAGCACAGUACAGCUUUGCACUUGGUUCAAGUCAUCGCCAAUUCAAUAAAAGUGACCAACAAAACCA